AAUUUCACACUCAGAGUUUGUUGGUUUUAAGGUCUCUCUCUCUCUCUCUCAGACACACACAUACACACACAAACUUGGCUUUUUUAUUGAGUGGACUUGAAAUGAAGUACAUGGUUGUGUUUCUGGGAUUUUGUUGAGUUGGUUAAUAUUUUGGUGACUAAUCAAGAAGUGAGAGACAUGAGAUCCAUAGAGGACAAAGGGUGUUUAAACAGUUGCCCCACAGAGGAGAAUGCAGGUGGUGGCAGUUGCAUGAUCUUCGACUUCAAGAAGGGCGGCGGCGGCGGCGGCGCGGUGAGCAGGCCGUCGCCUCACCACCGGUCGUCUCUGGGGAAACCGACGCCGUCGAAGUGGGACGAUGCUCAAAAGUGGCUGGUGAAUCUGUCGAGAGGUGAGAGGAAUCAGGCCAAGGCCUCCCCGCGCGACUCGAACGCCGAUGACCGGCACUUGAUCGCCUCGUCGGCGUGGGCGGGUGGGGACGAGGGCGAGGGCGGGGGCGGAUCUCCGCCCCCGGCGUCGAACGGAGGGGAUAAGUAUAAGAAUGUUGAGUGUGAUGAGUCUGUGUGGAGAGGAGGGAGUAAGGGAGAUAGUAGCCCUAAAUCAGUGGUGAGGGCUAUAUGUUUGAGGGAUAUGGGGACUGAGAUGACACCAAUUGGGAGCAAAGAGCCCUCUAGGGCGGCUACUCCCAUUAGAGCCAUGAGUCCGACGAAAACUUCGUCGGACUCGGCUGGCUCAGUGAGUCGAGAUACUGGGUCGAUCCCGACUCAGAGGACAGAGGAGUCGGGCGGCAUUAAUGGCCCGACCAGUCAUAUGAGUCGGGAGGGGCCGGAAACGAAUAGCGUGAAGGUAGCUGAGAUUAAGAUCGAUGACAAUUCUAGGGUGUUGAAUCCAUUGGAAGCUCGAGCCGCGGCUUGGGAAGAGGCCGAACGGGCCAAAUAUACGGCAAGGUACAAACGCGAAGACAUGAGGAUUCAAGCUUGGGAAAAUCAUCAGAAGAAAAAGGCCGAGAUGGAGAAUCGGAAAGCAGAGGUGAAGGCGGAGCAGCUCAAAACUCGUGCAAAAGAGAAGUGCAAUCAGAAAAUAGCGACGACUCGAAGAGUAGCCGAGGAGAAACGCGCCGUCGCCGAGGCUAAGCUCAAUGAGAAUGGCAUCAAGACUUCCGAAAGAGGAGAUUACAUAAGAAGAAAUGGCCAUCUUCCCUCUUCUUUCUCCUUCAAGCUGCCUUUUUGCUGCUGGUAGCAACCAAAUUUCACUUGUAAUUAAACUUGUUACUCUUACUAGUGUGACUAUGGACAUGUUACAUGUAUAUUGUUAUUAAAUAUCUUCAUCAUUUUGCGACAGUCUUUUCUUGUAAUUUUGGGUCACAUUUUGCUUCCUCUCA